ACAAGGAAAGUGUCGAACUUGGUGUGGUGCUGAGGGACAGCAACAGCAGCAAGUGUGUACUCUGUAUUCUUCUCUGUUUCUUCCAUGGAUGUCCGUCCUGCUUGUACUCGAAGUUCCCGCAGGUUCCGCCUAUAUGUAGGGAGUUCCAAAAAACACUCUGAAAUUCAGAUUGAAAGGAGCUCCGGCUGUCUUCUGCAUCUGUGGUUAGAUUUUUGCUGGCACUUGCGUUCUUGCAGCAGCUCUUACCACGUUGCGUCCAUCUCUGCAUCACGUUAGACGGCUAAUCUUCCCACGACGAAAGGGCUAGCUCGUCCCACAGCACGGGAUAAUCACAGCCGUCGCUCUCCUCCCGCACCUCCUUCCCGAUGACACACCAGGUCGCCACGUGCAGGCCAGCGCCCCACGCGCGGGCCCACCGCGCGCUGGCCCACCGCUCCCUAUCCUCGUCCACAGCGCUGUCCAGCGCUCGCGCACUCAAGCCCCCCACGCCCGCCGUGCUCCUUGCCACGCGCCGCUCCUCAUGCCGGCUAACCGUCCGAGCGGUCCUGGACAAGUCGUCUAGCCGCAGCAGCGACAGCAGGAGCGGCAGCAGCGCGGGGCAUGGUGGCGGCAAGGUGGGCAACGACGCGCUGGAGGCGGCGCGGUCGGCGCUGGAGCGGCUGUUCCAGCAGGCGCACGCGCACGAGCAGAAGCAGAAGCUGCUGGGCCCCGCGGCGGCGCCCGCCGACGCGACAGCCGCGUCGGUGGCGUUCCUGGAGGACGCCGUGCAGCAGCUCGAGGUGGACCUGUCGGCCGUCUUCGAGGCGCUCCGGGAGAAGGAGGGCGAGCUCGCCCUCGACGAGCGCCGCGUCGCCGACGAGCGCGCGAGCAUGGUGGCGGCGCGAGAGGUGCUGAUGGCGCGGGAGGCGCAGCUGGAGGAGAGGCAGGUGGCGCAGGGGGAGAUGCGAGACGAGGCGGAGCAGCUGCGCCGGAAGGUGCGGGAACAGGGCGCGGAGGUGGAGGAGGUGAAGCGCGCAGUGGCGGAGCGAGAGGCGGAGCUGGCGCGCGCGAAGGAGGUGCUGGCGCUGAAGGAGGAGGAGAUAGCGCGCGCGCACCUCGCAAUCCGCCAGCGCAACGAGCGCAUCGAGGCGGCGGAGCUCGACGCCAAGGCGCGCGAGAUGCAGCUGGCGGCGGCGGAGGCGGAGCUGCGGCGGCUGGAGGCGGACGUGACGGCGGCGGAGGAGGAGGGCAGACAGGCAGCGCAGGAGGCGGAGGCCGCGCGGAGGGAGCUGCAGCGGCAGGAGGCGAAGCUGACGGCGAUGGCGGAGGAGCUCGAGGGGCGCGCGCAGGUGGUGGCGGCAGCGGAAGACGAGAUCAGUGCGCUGUCCGCGCGGCUGCGGGAGGCGGGUGCGGGCGGGGAGCAGGUGGAGCGCGAGGUGUCGAGCGCGCGGCGGCUGGUGGGCGAUCUGAAGGCGGAGAUGACGUCAUCGAGCGGCGCUGUGGAGGCGUUCCGCGCGCAGGUGAAGGAGCUGCGGCUGGCGGUGGCGCGCAAGGGGCGCGAGGCGUCGUCGGCGCGCGUGCAGCUGCAGAAGCGUGACAAGGAGCUCAACCGCGCGCGGGGCGAGCUGGAGCGCGACAAGGCGGCGUUGAAGGCCGCCAAGGCGCGCGUGGCGGAGCUCGAGAAGCAGGUGCGCGCGCAGGUGGACGAGGCGGAGCGGGCUGCGCAGCUCGCGCGGAGCUGGCGCAGCUGCGGAAGGAGUUCCGCCGGGGUGGACGGCGAGCUGCGCGAGGCGACGCUGGCGCUGCAGGUGAAGGAGGCGGAGAUCGUCGGCCUGCGACUGCAGCUGCGCGACGCGCAGGCGAAGCUCGCGACGUCGCAGGCGGACCUGGCGACUCGCACGGCGGACCUGAUGGCGGCGCAGCGGGCGAUGGUGGGCAUGCGGCGGGAGCUGAAGGCGGUGAAGGUGGAGCUGCGCGUGAAGGAGGAGCGCCUGGCGGGCAUGGCGGAUGAGAUGCGGGCCAAGGACGCGCGGCUGGCGCGCGUGGAGCAGCAGCUGGACGGCACAACGCGCGCCUCCUCGUCGCCGAGUCCACGGUGCAGCAGAUCGCGCAGCUCUCGCAGCACCUCGCCGAAUCCGCGCUCGACGCCGCCGACCGCCUGGGGCUGGGCCCGGCUGUGUCGCUGGACGCGCUGCCCGCCGCCGGGGGGAGGCGGCACGUGGGCGCGCACGGCGGGGUGGGCGAGAGCGCGCUGCUGGCGGAGACGAACCAGCAGCUGUUCGCCGCCAGCCGCGCGCUGCUGGAGCGCGACGCCCAGGUGCACCGCCUGCAGGUCUCCGCGCGCGAGGGGCGGCAGGCGGAGGCGCGGCUGCGCGGGGAGCUGCAGCUGGCGCAGGAGGAGCUGCGCGGACGGGAGGGGGGAGGGGGAGGAACUGGCGGACGAAGUGGUGAAGCUGGAGCUGGAGGUGGCGAAGGCGGAGGCGGAGACGGCGAUGAUGGCGCUGCGCGGGCUGCUGGACCUCAGCUGCCAGCUCAGGGACGACGCGCACCACCACGCCGCGCACCCGCGCCUGGCCGUGCACGCCCGCGCGCAGGUGCAGGAGCGGGCAGGGGUGCAUGCGGGGGUGUUGAGUGUGGCAGGCGACGUGCCACGGGAGGAGGCGGCUCUGGCGGUGCGGCGGCACGUGGCGCAGAGGGAGGAGGCGCUGGGGCUGGCAGCGCGCGCCAUGGGGGGGCUGAAGCGCCUCACGCGCAAGCUGGUGGUGGAUGCUGAGAGCGAGAUGGCAGGCGUUAUGGGGGGCGCUGCUUGACAGGGCGUCAUGGGGGGCGCUGCUUGACUGGGCGCUAGAGCAGCAGCUGAGGACGGGGUUUGAAUAGCGUCUCAGCUCACAACGCCAGCUGGUGGUGGAAGCCACUGGUAGUAGUUGUCUAGUCUUUGUGUAGGCGGUCUGGACAGACCUGUGUAUAAUGUGCAAGCCUGCGCCUUAGCAACAACCACGUCACAUGGAGAGCAGGGCUGACGUUUCAAAAAGGCCACCCUUAGUUGUCGAAUAGCGCGCUUCGACGAUGCUUUAGAUUGCGUUACAAGCAGCUUCGCAUUCACAAUACAAAAUUUUAAAAGUG